UUACAAACAGCUGUGUCCGAGCGGUUAGAGUUGUCAGAGGCGCAAAAUCUAAAAUGUAAAUAAAUAUUCCUCUUAAAAUUCACCCAGUAUGUACGCGCGCACUCUUAGAAAAUUAGCGCAAUUCAACUGCGAUGCUUGGAAGCUUUUCAGCAGCCUUAAGCGAACUGCUGCGACUGAAUUGGUUCAGAGGCGGCGUUGUUGGAGAAGCUUGGUAGCCCUGCCAGUAUUUGUUGUUGCGCGCUCUUUUGCUUGCAAGGCGGCCAUGGAGAAGGAGGAGAAACCGAAGAGGAAACGCACCCAAAGCAAGGCCAAGUAUGUGACGAGCCUGGAGGCGAAGGCGCCACACUACCUAGAUUCACUCAAGGUGAGAUGGGGGCAGCUGCACGAGAUUCCCGGCAUCUUUGCCUACCAACUGCAGGAGACGCGCCCAAAUCGUGUACUGCCAGGAAAGUACCAGUUCUAUUCAGAGCUCAAUCCGGAUCGCACGCUCAAGCGCCGCAUCCCACAGACCAUUGAGAACCUCAAUCCAACGUUCAAGCCAAAGCAGUUCAAUUUCAACAAGGUGGACGCCCUGGAGGUGAUGUUGACUAUCGAUGACGUAGACAAAACCGACGUCCAGAUGAUUAUCAACAGAAGCCCCCUCACCAGGUUCCACACGGUCGUCUGUCCCGACGCUAAGAACAAUCUGGUGCAACGAAUCACUGCUCAUUCGCUGAAAUUUUGCAUCAGCUUCAUGCGUGGCCUCGACGACAUGAACAUUCGCAUGGGCUACAACAGUCCUGGGGCCUUGGCCUCGGUGAAUCACCUGCACUUCCAUCUGCUGCACCUGCCCCAAAAUCUGUACAUAAACAACGUGGAACUCGAGGAGCUGGUCGGUGGCUAUGUGUAUCGCUUGAGCCAGUCUAUGCCCACCGAGGCAAUCUGUGUCAUCUUCGAGCCCAAUGACGACGAGGCGGAGGUGCAAACGAAGGUCAACAAUCUGCACAAGCUCGCCGAUUGGAUGUGUGGACAAAAUAUACCCCACAAUCUGUUCAUCACGCACGAUCGUAGACCUGGCAAGCGUGGCAAUGUGCAAGUGUUUGUCUUUGCGCGAUCCCACUACUGCGUGAACAAAGACUUGGCCGACUUUAAUGUGGGAUUCUGUGAGUUGGCUGGAUACAUUCCCGUGGGAGAUUCAGACAAAUUGCAGAAUCUUACAGAGCCGCUGGUUAUAAACCGAAUUCGUGAGGUCACCGGCACGGCCCCUCAGGCGGUAUACACGCGGAUGAAGCAGAUAGUGAACGGAGAGGAUCAGUCGGUUUGGGAUCAGCCUUUAACGUUAUGAAACGGAUGCAAAUAAAGGCCAAGAGGCUAUUUAUUUACGCUAAA